AUGGACUCACAACUCCAUGGGGUUCAUUCCUUCACUACACUGUUACAAGAGGGAGAAGAAAGCUACAAUGACUAUCUCCCAUCUUUGAAUGACUUAGAGUCACAAUAUACUCCAUCCAAUCCAGAAGAUGGGAGUAGUAGAACAACUAAAUCUAGAAAAGGAAAUUUUAGCACAGAAGAGGACAACUUGCUAGUUUUAGCUUGGCUGAAUACUAGUAUGGACCCAAUCAAUAGGGUUGAUCAAUCAAAAUAUUCAUUUUGGUAUAGAGUUCAUGAAUAUUAUGAGAAAAACAAAAAAUUUAUAUCUUCUGAACGUAGUUCAUGCUCUAUUAGAAAUAGAUGGUCUACUAUCCAACUUGCUAAUAAGUUUUGUGGGGCCUUAGCUCAAAUUGAAAGAAGGUCUCCAAGCAGGGCUAAUGAGCAAGAUAAGAUUGAGAAAGCCAAAGAGUUCUACCGAAGUAUCCAUCCCACUUCAUUCAACUUUCUUCAUUGUUGGACUAUUCUGCGACACCAUCCAAAAUGGAAAGAAUCUGUGGAUGAGGGUAGCAGUAUGAAAGCUAAAAGAAGAUCAAUAAUUCGAGAUGGUCAUGCACCAGAGUUCAUAGAUGAAGAUACUGCAGCACCAUCUUUAGAUGAGAAUUUAGAGAGACCAAUUGGAAAGAAGGCUGCAAAGAAGCGAAAGAGGCAAGGGGAUAACUCUUCCAAUCUUACUGAUUUGGUGAUUGAAAUGAAAGGGGAGAGAAUCAACUCUAAUGCUGAGAAGGGAGAAAUUAGGAAAGAGUAUGCCCGCAUUGCAAAAGAAAGGCUUGAAUUGGAUAAACAGAAAGAAGAUAAUGAAAUCAUGAGGAGGGAGUUAGAAAUUAUGAGAGUAGAUGUAUCAACUUUAUCUCCAACGCAACAAGAGUAUUUUCGUACCCUCUAA